AUGUCUUCCUCAUAUCAUCGAUCAUCGAGUACACGUCCAUCGAGACGUAUACAAAUAGUUGCACCAUUACAUUCGCAUCGAACAACAAGUGUUCCACAUCGACAAUUUAUUAUUAUUCUUACGAACAAUCCUGAAUUGUUGCGACAAACUCGAACAUUUCAACCACAGAUACGACAAAAUAUACAAACAACAGUUGUAGGCCAAAAUGGUGCUACGAAUAAUGAAACAAUGAAUAACAAUAAUCGUGAACAAAUACUCACUAAUCUCUUACAAGUGGAACUAAGAGAAGCAGCAACUGGUUAUCUUACUCGAACCCAUUAUAAAACAACAAUGCUUUCAUCGAAGAAUCAAGAUGAUAUGAAACAAUCUAUCAAUCGUUUAGAUUUCUCUUCUAUUAUUAAUACCGAGAAAUCAAUGUGGACAGGUUCGUUUUCACCAGUAUGGCUUCAACAAGGAAUGCAUUGGCCACCAAAUUUAAAUAAAAACAAACAACAACCAAUAAUCGAUAACGAAUCAACAAAUUCAUAUUCAAUCGAAUGA